AUGGAGAAAGUUUGUGGCUAUGUCGGACGCCGUGGAACAUUUGCGAAUUUUCUUUUUAAGGCGUGCGCUCUGAACGAUGAUCUAAAACAACUCCCCAACGGAGAUCGAACGGAGAUCGGAGAAAAGGGAAUCAACUUGUCAGGAGGUCAAAAAGCACGCGUGGCGCUGGCGCGAGCUGUUUAUCAGGAUCGCGAUGUUUACCUUCUUGAUGAUCCUCUAUCAGCCGUCGAUGCUCACGUCUCUAAACAUAUUUUUACCAAUGUUAUCGGACCACAGGGUCUACUAAAAAACAAAACAAGCGGAUUUCGCCUUCUUCAGUGGAAGUGUGUCACACAUAGAGGUUCAAUCACUCACGUAGCUACGUAUGAUACUCUUAGGAACAAUGAUGUGUCCGAAGUCAUGCAAGAAUCUCCACAGGAAAGUGAGGACUCACCCAAUUCAGAAUCAUCUAAAAUAUCGAAAAGCGAUGAUAAUGAGGACGAGCUUGAUGCUGAUGAGGUGCGAUCAGUGGUUAGCAGAAACAGUCGAACUUCUAGAGAAUCGAAAAAAAAGUAUUUUUCGAAAAAGGAGCAUGGGAACCUUAUCGAAAAGGAGGAAAUUGCGCUAGGAAGGGUAAAAUUCUCCGUCUAUAUGGUAUAUUUGAAGUCUAUGGGAAUUUUGCGCUACUUCGUUCCAUUUGUCGUCGCAUUGGUGUUGAAUUCUGUGUUCCUCAUGGCUAGAAACCUAUGGCUUUCUGACUGGUCAAAUGAUAAUAUUCCGGGAGUGGAUAAGGGAUUGGCCAAACCACUUGGAAUUCGGCUAGUUGUUUUCAUGUACCUUGCUCUCAGUGCUUUGAUUCUUGGAGCAGUAGUUGCUUCUCUGAAACUUCACGAGCCGCUACUUCACAACAUUCUUCGGAGCCCUCUAUCGCAUUUCGAUGUCACCCCACUGGGUAGAAUUUUAAAUCGGCUUGGAAAAGACAUGGAAGUUGUGGACCUUCGACUCUCAUCCAGCUUCCGGUUUCUUGCCAUAGCUUUUAUGAGCGUUCUUCAGACGUGCAUAAUCAUUUCCAUAUCAACUCCUCUUUUCACAUUGGUCAUUAUUCCAAUCUUUGUGAUCUAUCUUCUGGUCUUGCACUAUUUUAUACCCUGUUCUCGUCAACUUCAGCGCUUAACAGCAAUUACUCGGUCGCCUAUCUAUUCCCAUUUUGACGAGAGCAUUCAAGCUCGAGAAACAUAUCCAAUGCUCAUACUGGUCGCAAAUUUCCGGCAGAUGGUUGGCGGUACGCCUGGAGUUAUUAGGAAGCAUUGUGAUCCUUGGAAACAAAGUGCAAAUUGUGUGGCAAAUUCUUCCUUUCAGAUAACCUUCAUGCUCAACUUUUUCAUGCGCCAAUUGAGCGAGAUUGAAACGAACAUCGUUGCAGUUGAGAGAAUAAAAGAAUACACUGAGACUGCUGUCGAGGCACCAUGGCGAUGCCGACAUCCUCCACCAAUUGACUGGCCAAGAGGCGAAAUUUCUAUCUAUAAUUAUUCAGCGCGUUACCGUCCGGGUCUUGAUCUAGUGAUAAAAGAUGUCACUGUUCAUAUCUUCCCAAUGGAGAAAAUUGGACUCGCAACUUUUGUCUUUAUUUGUAUAGGUAAAUCUUCGUUAGCAUUAGCGCUGUUUCGAAUUAUUGAACCAGCUAGCGGUAAAAUUUUGGUCGAUGGUGUCGAUAUCACCACCAUUGGCCUACAUGAUCUUAGGGAGCGAUUAACUAUUAUACCCCAGGAUCCAGUACUGUUUUCUGGAACAUUACGAUUCAAUCUGGAUCCUACACAGAAACAUACGGAUGCGGAGCUCUGGUCAGCUAUCGAACAUGCCAAUUUGAAGCAUUUUGUGCAAAGCUUUCCUCUUGGUUUUCAACACCAAGUUGACGAAUGCGGUCAUAAUAUUAGUGCUGGCCAACGUCAGUUGAUAUGCUUGACUCGAGCACUGAUGAGAAAGUCACGUCUGAUAGUGUUAGACGAAGCCACUGCAUCGGUUGACUCUCAAACGGACAUGCUUAUUCAGGACACGAUACGAAGUCAAUUCUCGUCUUCAACUAUAAUCACAAUUGCACACCGUCUUAAUACUAUCUUCGAUUAUGAUCGGUUUGUUUAUGGAAUUUCUAAGGUUCUUAGCAAUGUGAAAAAUGUGGACAAUUGUAGUUCAUAG